AUGGCUAUUGAAGAUGAACCAAUGAAGUAUGAGUCUAUUUUUGCACUCAUGGACAAGUCGGAAGAUAAAGAUGACAAUGAGAAUGAAGAGGUAAAUUUCUUUGAUGUUCAGAAAAAUCUGAAAAAUUACUCUCAAGAUAAAUUAAUAUCUCUUGCAAAUGUGCUAAUUGAUACCUAUCAUAGCCUUAUUAAUGAGAAAAAUGUAUUAAAUGAAGAGAUUGAAGGGUUAGAACAAGUAAGGGAUGAUAUGGUAGUAAAUAUUGUGGAUCUAAAGGAACAAGUUGAAGUGUUAACCAGGGAUAAUGCUUUGUUGAUUAGUCAGAUCGACAAAUGGGUGACCACCCCUUCUAAAGGAAAACAAGUGGCAAGUGAGACUUAUUUUGAGCUUGAUAGUGAACUCAAAAAGGCUAAAAUGAACCUCUCUGUUGAGCUAGGAAGAAAUAGGCAACUUCAAGAGGAUCUAAGCCGUGUGAAAUAUAAACUUGAUAAGUCUCUUCAUUGGACCUGCUCCUCUGACAAAGUGGUUGCUAUGCGCAAGGGUAAUGAUGGUAGACAGGGCAUUGGUUAUAAAAAGGCCAAGACCCCGUUCAAUCCUCACAGCAAAUAUGUUUCUGUAACUGAUAAUUGGCUUUGCACCCACUGUGGCAAUGUUGGUCAUUACAAAAACUCCUGCAAAGCACGAUUUCAGUCUAUGCACAGAAACAAAGCUUAUGUUGAUAACAAACCCAAGAAUUCCAGAGAGAGAGGAAGCAGUCAAAAAUUGUUUGUGGAUAGUGGCUGCUCAAAGCACAUGACCAGAAUGAUCGAAAAUUUUCUCUCACUCAAGGCCUUAAAAGGUGGGAGUGUGUCCUUUGGCAAUGGGAAAAAAAGAUAUAUUCUUGGCAUUGGCAAAAUUGGCAAGACAUUCUCCAUGCUAUUGAAAAUGAGACUGGGACAUGCAAGCUUUACCUUGCAAAAUAAACUGGUGGCAAAGGACCUGGUCCAUGGACUACCAAAUGUCAAGUUCAAAGAUCACAAGGUGUAUGAUGCAUGCAUAAAAGGAAAGCAAGUCAGGACCUCUUUUAAACCAAAAAAGGGAGUAAGUACCUCUAGGCCACUUGAGCUUCUUCAUAUGGAUCUCUAUGGGCCUAUGAGGAUUCAAAGCAUAGGUGGAAAGAAGUACAUUUUUGUGAUUGUUGAUGACUUUUCAAGAUUCACUUGGACCUUGUUUCUAAGAACCAAGGAUGAAACAUUCUCUGUGUUUGUAGCCUUUGUGAAACAAACUCAAGUAAAGUUGGGACAUCAAGUUGUAAGUAUAAGAUCUAAUCAUGGCACUGAAUUUGACAAAGCAAACUUUAAUGAAUUCUGUGCUAAAAAUGGGAUUAAUCAAUUUUUCUUUGCUCCCAGAAUACCUCAGCAAAAUGGUGUUGUGGAAAGGAAAAACAGGACACUUGAAGACAUGGCAAGAACAAUGUUGAUUGCAAGUGAUGUGGCCAAAAGCUUCUGGGUAGAGGCUGUCAACACCGCUUGUCAUGUGAUCAACAAGUGCAUGAUCAGAUCUUUACUUGAGAAGACACCCUGUGAGCUGCUAAAUGGAAAGAAACCCAAGCUGACUUACCUUAAGGCCUUUGGACGCAAAUGCUUUAUUCUUAACAAUGGUAAGGAGGCCUUAGGGAAGUUUGAUGCUAAAGGUGAUGAAGAAUUCUUUCUUGGGUACUCCUCCCACAGCAAGGAAUAUAAAGGUUUCAACAAGAGAACUCAAAUUGUGGAAGAAAGCGUGCAUAUGAUCUUCGAUGAGACAGAUGAGUCGGGAAACAAAGGGACACAAAGUGGUGGUGCAGAUGAUGGAGAGCUCUUAAUUCCAAAUGAGGUACCUGGUCCCUCCAUCACUCCACUUGAGGCUGAAGAUCAAGUAGUUGAUGAUGUGCCAGGCCUUCCUGAUGCUGAUCAGAGAAGUGGAGAUCAUGCAUCUUUAUAUGCUAAUGAUGGAUCAAAUGCGGAGGCACCUGGUACCUCAAGCAGUGAAAUUCAAGUAUCCAAAUGA